GGCGAUAAAAAAAGAAAGAUGACAUCCUCGCAGCUGAACGGCCGAGGUGGAGCGAUAGGCUGCGGCCCGGCGAGAGCGCCGCUCGCCGGGGUCAGGGCUUGAAUCCAACAACGAGGCUUCGACAAAACACCCGAUUGGCCUAUUGGGAGAAAUCGGAAAUAUAGAUUGAUAAAUUAAAAACAAAGCAUGACCUGCUGUGCUGCCAGAUACGUGUUAUAACCCAUAUUUGUUCUCUUGCGUAAAAAUGCAUUUAUUUCACGUUUGUGUUUUUAGCGAAAGUGUGGGACUGUAAUUGCGAUUUUUUUUCUCCACAUUUUUUUUAUUUUUUAAAGCAGUUUUCUUGUGCGUUUUAGCGUUUUAGUUGGAUUAAUGUUAAGUAAACUGAAGUUAAAAACCAAAGCGAAAAGAGAAACGGGCCAUUCCUGGCCCCGGCCUGCUGCCUGCGCUUGUCAACAGCUGCGUGCAUUUUAAUCGACAGCAUUAGCGCUACCUCAAUGACAAAAACACGUAUUUUUUGCAGACGACUUUAUUCACGUUUUUCAAGCAAAUCCAGAAGCCUGUCGUUUCUUCUGCGGGACAGGCGCCUGUUUGCGCCUCGAUCGCCAGCCGGCCGAUCAAAACCAUGCGAAGGCCGCCCUGCACGACCUCAAUCAGGAGCUGACUUCAUAAUCUCCCUCGCCGUGGCGCAAAAUGGAUGCUUCUUGGAGCAAUUUUCUCUUCCAGAAUACUCCCACCCAAAACCAAGUGGACGGGAGCCUCCAAUCAGAGCUCAUGCCUGUGCAUACGAGUUCUCCCCAAACCCCACCCCCAGAGCACGCGCAGCCUCCCUCCACUGUGGACACUACUGCUCUCAGUGAGGAGCCCCUGCCUGUGAAGCCAGUGUCCCGGCCGGCCCGCAUGCCCCACAUCUGUGCCAUCUGCAACAAGCAGUUCAAGAACAACUACAACCUGCGGCGGCACCAGUCGGUCCACACUGGGGUACGCAUGAAGGACAGGGCCAGAGAGCAGGCGGAGGGGCCACAGGAGGGAGCGGCCGGCCAGGCGGCCCCGUCGGUGCUGGCGGUGGGGGCCGGAGGGAGGGUGGAGAGGACCACUGUUCCCCUCUCCCUGCUACACCUCUCCGCACCUCCCCUUCUCGCCCCUCCUGUCGUGCUGGCGGGCGCCCAGCAGCCUCCCCUGGGUAGUCGGGAUGGUGACGGGGUCGCCAUGGCGAACGUAAUGGCUAGUGUUAACCCCCAUGCUCCGCCUCCUGCUGCUGUCGUCAUGGCCACAGGGGCGACAGUACAGCGGCCUGCAAAUCCCAACCCCAACCCCGUGAGGAAGAACCACGCCUGCGAGACGUGCGGGAAGGCUUUCCGCGACGUCUACCACCUCAACCGCCACCGCCUGUCCCACUCGGACGAGAAGCCGUUCUCGUGCUCCAUCUGCCAGCAGCGCUUCAAGAGGAAGGACCGCAUGAGCCACCACGUGCGCUCCCACCAGGGGGGCGUGGAGAAGCCCUACGUCUGCCCCCACUGUGGCAAGGCCUUCUCCAGGCCUGACCAUCUGAACAGUCACGUCAGACAGGUACACUCCUCGGAGCGACCCUUCAAAUGCCCGACCUGUGAGUCGAGCUUCGCCACGAAGGAUCGUUUGCGUGCGCACAUGAUUCGCCACGAGGAGAAGGUCCCCUGCCACAUCUGCGGCAAGCUCCUGUCCGCCGCUUACAUCACGGACCACAUGAGGGUGCACAACCAGUCACAGCACCACGCUUGCCAUCUCUGUAACCGCAGCUUCACCACGCUGACAUACCUCCGCGUCCACGCCCAGAAGCACCACGGGCAGGAGUGGAAGGACAGUCCGGGCGGCUUCGGCACCACGUCUGGCGGCAUCCUCGUCUGCCACCUGUGCGGCAUCCACUGCAAGACGCCCACGCAGCUCCAGGGGCACAUGGGCACCCACGGCAACAGCCAGGGCGCCCCCAGCCCCAUCGCCUCCAACGCGGCCGCCGGCAGCUCGGUCGCCCUCAGCAACAUGGUGGCGGCGCCGACCGCGUACGUCACCGGGAACACGGUGGUGGACCUGCUCGUCACGGACUGCUCGAGCAUCGCGGCGCCACAAUCCCACAGUUAACGGCAGAGAGCUCAGCAACAACAACCUCAGGCCCGAGACACGGGGCGCGGGCCGAGACGCUCGGUCACGCGGAGGCGCCCAGCCGGUGUUUAGUUUAGUAACAUCCCCACUUCUAGGUAUGGUUAGGAUUAAAAAGUGGGGGGGAUUAACUCCAGUCGGCGCUCAAGGGCGGCUUCACCUCGGCUGCAGAGCGGGGCCAUCGGUGUUCAUAGAGCCGGGAGCUCAUGGAAAGAGACCCGUGUGGCUGCAGCAGGUUCAUCGACACGCACGACAAACAUGGAAGUGUUGUCCAAUUAUUCCUGAAUGCUCUCGUGCAUUUAAGACUCCAAUGAAACUGGUAUUGUGGGCAUCUACUGUAUUACUCUCCCCCCCCCCCCCCCCUGGCAUCGGCACCGAGUUCUGUCUCCUGUAUAUCUCACACCAGCUCUGAUCUUACCUCCACGUCUGCAGCUCACUUUCUAAGAAUCCAAAUGGCUUGCGUUAAGAAGUUAGUAGGGAGAGAAAAGCUCUCAGACGGCGUCACGAAGAAACCAGUCGAGAGGAGAGUUGUGUGUUUUGUGUGUGUGUGUGUGUGUGUGUGCGUGCAAGUCAGGGGCUCCGCUAGCAUGUUAGCUUGUUUGUUCACAAAACUAAAACCAUUAGAUUUUUGCAACGCUGUAACGCCGGGUUCUUCAGUCUCCAGAGGGCCGUGUGGUCGCGAUGGAAAGCUGGGAUCUACUCGUUCAUUUGUUUUCCUCAAGGUACAGAGAUAAGAAUGGAGUUAUGAUCAGGAGUGUCGAGCACCAUAAGUUGUUAUUGUUUGAGAUUUCUUGGAUGUUCUUGCUCUGAGUCUUCCUCUCUCGGUCCGGCCAUCAAAAAGAAAGAAGAAGAAGAAGAAGAAGAAGAAGAGAAACAACCGCUCAUCAACACUUCAGCUUUUGACGUGGAAAUUCUUGCACUCAAAAACUACCGUUUGCAUGAAAUUAGGCUGUCAUGCUUCUUGUUAGGGAGCUGUCGUGACAAAAGAAAUAUUUCGCAGUUCCACCAAGUUAGUUGGCUGUGGAUGAUAAUAUUUAUACACGUGUUGAUUUUAUUCCGAAUAUUUUAACAUUGUUGGCCAUUCAUUUGAUUGUAACCGUCAUUGCCAUAGUCCUUUCUGUUUUCGCUAUGUACCAGUCCAAUGAGUGAAACUUAUGCAUUAGAUUUAGUCUCUUGACUCUGUAUAGCACAUAAUGCUCUGAAAGCAAGUCGUUCUCGAUCUACAUUAAUCAUGUGAAGGCUGGUCACUUGUCCGGUGGAUAUCUUUGGUUGCUUUGAGUUGUAUUGUGAGUGAUGUGGUGAAGGGGCUUGUAAAGUCAUCAGUACAGUGGGAGUUGGACAACAUCAAUUUAAACAACAAAUCCUGGUUUUGUACUGGAGUGCUUUUUCCGUUUUGUGUUAAUGUUAGCUUAACAUUUGUAGAGUUGUUUCUUUCUUCCUUUUCUCCUUUGGAAAUGUGUUCUUCCUGUUGAGAAAAUUAGUGAUUUAUUAAAACAUUAAUUUUAGCUUUUUUCCAUCACACUAAGAAAAAAAUAUUACCUCUACUCUAGGAUUCUGUACAGCUCUUGUGAUACAUCUUAAUGCCUUAUCGUACUCAACUGCAUUUUAAUUCUUUUAUGAUGAAAUAUUUCAAAUCUUAGUCAUGGAUUCAUUAAGAAUAUUAAUGGGAUGUAUUUAUAUUUAUAUUUUUAUAUUUCUCAACAGUAUGCAUGUCUAAAAGGUUGUUAGAGCAAAAAAAAAAUCGAUGAUGCUUAAUACAGUCAUAAAUAUGUUAUUUUGUAGAUGAAGUAGAGAUCAUGUUAUUAUUUUGUAAUUUGGACAAUUUAAAGUAAAAAGAGUAAAUGGG